UCUCUCAAAAUGGUCUGAGCUGCCAGAUGCCUGCCUCUUCAACACUGCUAUUUCCGUAUCAGCAUUUUUGUCGCGGGCCUGCUGCAGUGCUGGCGAGGCUCAAUGCAAGCUGGAGGAACGACACCUCAUCUGUUCAGGGAGCUCUUGUGAGUGCCUUGGCCGAUGAUACCUUGCAUCUCUGGAAUCUACGUCAGAAAAGGCCUGCAAUACUCCAUUCUCUUAAAUUCAACAAAGAAAGGAUAACAUUUUGCCAUCUGCCCUUCCAGAGUAAAUGGUUGUAUGUUGGCACAGAAAGAGGCAAUGUACAUAUUGUCAACGUGGAGUCUUUCACACUCUCAGGCUACGUUAUUAUGUGGAAUAAAGCCAUUGAACUAUCGUCAAAAACUCACCCAGGAUUAAUUGUACACAUCAGUGACAACCCUAUGGAUGAAGGCAAGCUUUUAAUUGGUUUCGAAUCUGGAACUUUGGUAUUGUGGGACCUUAAAUCAAAGAAGGGAGAGUACAGAUACAGCUACGAUGAGGCUAUUCAUUCCGUGGCUUGGCAUCAUGAAGGAAAACAGUUUGUUUGCAGCCAUUCAGAUGGUAGCCUUACUACCUGGAAUGUAAAAUCUCCCAUUAGACCCGCACAAAUUAUUACACCACAUGGGAAGCUGCCAAAAGAUGGGAAGAAAGCAGAGCCUUGCAAACCUAUCCUCAAAGUGGAAUAUAGAACCUGUAAAUCUGGAGAUCCUUUCAUCAUUUUCUCAGGAGGUCUGUCCUAUGAUACUGUAGGCAGAAGACCGUGCUUGACUGUGAUGCAUGGGAAGACCACUGCAGUACUUGAGAUGGACUACCCAAUUGUCGAUUUUCUCACCCUGUGUGAAACGCCAUAUCCUAGCGAUUUUCAGGAGCCGUAUGCGGUCGUUGUCCUUCUGGAAAAGGACUUGGUCGUUGUGGAUCUUGGACAAAACGGUUAUCCUAUAUUUGAGAACCCAUAUCCUUUGGAUAUACACGAAUCACCUGUCACCUGUUGCGAGUAUUUUGCUGACUGCCCUGUGGAUUUAAUUCCUGCACUUUAUUCUGUUGGGGCAAAGCAGAAACGGCAAGGAUACAGUAAAAAGGAAUGGCCCAUCAACGGAGGUAAUUGGGGUUUAGGCACACAGAGCUACCCAGAGAUUAUUAUUACAGGGCAUGCGGAUGGAUCUUUGAAGUUCUGGGAUGCUUCAGCCAUAACAUUGCAAGUUUUGUAUAAAAUGAAAACAUCCAAAGUAUUCGAAAAGUCUCGGAAUAAGGAGGAGAAACCAAACACCGACAUAGUGGAUGAAGACCCUUAUGCCAUUCAGAUAAUUACGUGGUGUCCUGAAAGCAGAAUGCUAUGCGUGGCAGGGGUAUCAGCACAUGUAAUCGUUUACAAAUUCAGCAGACAGGAAGUGACAACAGAGGCUAUUCAGAUGCUCGAAAUACGCUUGCUUUAUGAAAUAAAUGAUCUAGAAUCACCAGAAACCGAUCAAAUACCAUCUUUGGGGGCACCAUGCCAGGGGCCAAACUCUCAGACAGCAAAUUCUCAGUCUCAUCCCUCUACAAGCAGCAGCUCAUCGGAUGGUCUUCGUGAUAACGUGCCCUGCCUAAAAAUUAGAAGUACUCCAUUAAAACAAGGGGCAGGCUAUCAGGCUGAAGUGGUGAUUCAGCUGGUUUGGGUUAAUGGCGAACCUCCGCAGCAAAUAAGCAGCCUGGCAGUGAAUUCAUCAUAUGGACUUUUGGUGUUCGGAAACUGUAACGGCAUUGCAAUGGUUGAUUACAUUCAGAAAACUGUACUACUAAAUCUGGGCACGAUUGAAUUAUAUGGAUCGAAUGAUCCUUAUCAGAGACAACCAAAGUCCCCACGCAAAACACGGCAAACCUCAGGAGGUCUCUGUGAUAUCAAUGAGGGUUCAACAAAUUUAGAUGACCGCUGCAAGUCUCCCACAUCAGGUUCUACCUCUUCUUGCAAUUCAGAAGAUGAACAAAAAUUGCCUAACUUUAUAGAAAGGGUGAAAAUCAAAAGCAGAAAAUUAUCCAAGAUCGUAGUAUCUGAUAUAGCGAAGAUGUCAAGGAAACUAAGCUUGCCAACUGAACUGAAGCCUGACUUGGAUGUGAAAGACAACUCUUUCAGCCGUUCCCGGAGUUCCAGUGUUACCAGCAUUGACAAGGAGUCCCGAGAGGCAAUCACAGCUCUUCACUUCUGUGAGACUUAUACCCGAAAGGCAGACACAUGUACAUCACCAUGUUUGUGGGUUGGGACUACACUUGGCACUGUACUGGUCAUAGUACUGAAUCUGCCACCUGGAGGAGAGCAGAGACUUACUCAACCAGUCAUAGUGUCUCCCAGUGGAACUAUAUUGAGACUGAAAGGUGCAAUUUUGAGAAUAGCGUUUCUGGACACCACCGGAAGCCUCAUCAAUCCAGCACAUGAACCCUGGAGAGAACCAAAUGUGCAAGAAGAGAAGGAUGACAAGGAUAAAUGUAGAAAACUGAGGCCAGUAUCUGUCUCUCCCUCAUCCUCUCAGGAGAUAAAUGAAACCCAAUAUGCAGUGAUAUGUUCAGAAAAACAGGCAAAAGUUAUCUCAUUACCUUCCCAAAACUGUAUUUAUAAACACAAUAUAACUGAAACAUCAUUUGUUCUUCGUGCUGAUAUUGUGGGACUGAAUGGGAGCAUCUGCCUUGCAUGCUUCUGUGCCAAUGGACAUAUCAUGACAUUCAGCUUGCCAAGCCUUAGGCCACUGCUAGAUGUCAAUUAUUUGCCACUAACAGACAUGCGAAUAGCUCGUACUUUCUGUUUCACCAACAAUGGACAGGCUCUAUAUCUGGUUUCCCCUACUGAGAUCCAGCGCAUCACUUACAGUCAAAGCACAUGUGAGAAUUUACAGGAAAUGCUUGGAGAACUAUUCACUCCUGUAGAAACACCAGAAGCUCCAAAUAGAGGAUUCUUUAAAGGCUUGUUUGGUGGUGGUGCACAGUCACUGGACAGAGAAGAACUUUUUGGUGAAUCUGCAGCAGGGAAACCUUCAAGGAGCCUGGCUCAGCAUAUCCCAGGGACUGGUGGAAUUGAAGGUGUCAAAGGAGCAGCUUCUGGUGUUGCGGGUGAGCUGGCACGGGCCAGGAUAGCACUUGAUGAAAGAGGACAGAAACUAAGUGAGUUGGAAGAACGAACAGCAGCCAUGUUAUACAGUGCUGACACUUUCUCUAAACAUGCUCAUGAGAUGAUGUUGAAGUGCAAAGAUAAGAAGUGGUACCAGUUCUGAUUACCUUGGUCCAUGUUACCAACUAUUUAAGCUGGAAGGAGGUUACCACAGACGAUUCUCCCUCUUCAUUUAUUUCUGCAGGACAGGAGGUUCAUUUUGAGUACUGCUGAUUCCUAGCACAACUCAUAAACUUUCCCUCAGUCACAUUGCUUUAAACUGAGGAGGAAACUGAAAACUUGCAACGUGAAGGUGUUUUCUACUGUAACUGUGGGUUGGUGCACAGCGUGGGACCUGAGCAGGGAACAAGGGACACAUGGGGCAGUGCUGGGUUUUCUGUGUUAUUUCACACGCCAAAUGUUUUGUGCUAUUGUCUCUGCCAGUGUUUCACCCAUGGAGCUAUAAAUGUAAUACUGCAUUCACUCCAGAUGCCAACAAAUGCAAAACAAGAGGAUAAAUACGUGUAGCAAAGUAUUAUCAUGAGAGUUUAAACAAUGAUCCAUUGCUGGCCCAAGACAUUAAUUUGCACCUCAUUGAUUUGUGUUCGUUGCUGGUCGGGUGAUACUGGUUUGCAUCUGAUACUGAUUGGAAGAUGCAGGUUUGGAUCCAACUCCCUUUGGAUGAUACUUGUUCCUGUAAUGCUAGUUAGAUAUUGUGUAUGUCCGCUGGUUGGAUGCUGUCAGUUUACAUCUGGUACUAAUCGAAUGAUGUCAGAUUGUGGCUGUGCUGAUUGGGUGAAUACUGGUUUAUGUCUGGCAGUAUUUGGAUGAUGAUUUGUGUCCAACACUGGUUGGUGGAUGUUGAUUGUUUCCACAGGUGAUUGGAUUAUGUCAGUUUGUGUAUAAUGCUGGUUGAAUGAAUAAUAUUUUUGAUCUGAUUUUAUCCUUGAAUGAUAAUUUAGUUAAUAUGGGUUCAUUUCAUGCCAGAUGCUGCCUGUAAUUUUAUUCAUGCAGAAAGUAUUGUAAUUAGAUUUGUUACUUUUGUUAAUAUAAGUUUAUGUAUGUUUCCCCACUUAUUAUAAAUAUUUGUCAAUAAUGCAAAUCCUAUCUAAACUUCAGUAAUGUCCUUUUAUAAAAAAAACGAAAUCACUACGUGAAUUGGGGUUUGAAUCCACAUAACCACAAUACAAAUAAAAUCUUAAUUUUCACUAGUAUUAUGUUGCCAGAUUUUACUCCAGUUUGAAUACUCUAAUAUUUAUUGUAUUAACUCCUACCUUAUUACUACCUAGGUUUUAUUAUAUGAAAUUAUGCCAUUUAGCAGAUUUCAGUCUACAGAAUACUUGGGGUGACCAUGCAAGUAUCUUCACUUGUUCAAGGAACAAAUUCUGGUCGACAAUUAGAACCAAUUUUAUAGCAGAAAUGUGGUUAGAAUCAGGAGGGAGAAAAUGGUAGGUGAAUGUAAUUAGGUGGAAGGAAGAAGUGGUUAGAUCUAACUGAGUGGAUGGCGAAUUAAUGGGACAUUGAAGUUCCUUUAGCAAAACACUUGAGCAAGGAAUACAUGGAUGUCUACAGAAAUCUUACAUAAGAUCAGCUGCCAGCGUGAGCUGGUUUUGAUUGUUGUUCAUAUCUUGCUGUACAUUAUUAAUGUAUUGUAGCAUUAUGCUACAGUACUUGGAAAUCAUAUUUUAGUGCAAUACUUUGGGGAUCCCAUAUUGGAAAUUAAAUGGAAUGAAUGUGAAGUUGGUCACAACUGUGUUUUACCUUUGUAUUUGUACAUGCUGUAGAUUUAUAUAUUCACAUUCCCCAUUUUUGCUCACUUUGCUUUGGUGUGUGACAUCUGCAGUCUUUCCCAUUCAUGAUCAUUGCACAUGUUUUUUUUCUUGGGUCUUGUGUGGGAAAUUGAAGGCUGAGAUUGUGGAGAAACGCUGCUGGCUCCAGUAGAAAUGGCAUUUGGUUAACAAUGAAACCUGAACUUGGAAUGUAAUAGUGUCCCACAGAUGUAUUUUGCCCAGGCAGUAAAACUAUUGCUCUCAAACCUCAGCAACAGCAGUGUCUGAAUCAAAUGCUUUCAAAAUCAUUAUGCUAUUGGAAAUUCAUGAGCAUUUGUUUCAAGAUGAAAUUCUAACCUUCACUCAAUAUGAAAUAUUGAUACCCAUUGUUAUCUUCAGUGCAGAAAUGUUUACCUGUUGUUAACAUUUGUUGCCAAGCUUUUCAUAUUCAGUUUUUUUUUGCAUUUAGAGGUCAUUUUGUUCCUUCUUGUUUACAGUUCUUUUUAAGUUGUUCAAGUGUCUAUUGAAAUCUUAAGCACCUCUUUUCAAGUGGCUGCUACUUGGGUUAACCUCUCUCCCCUAAUUAUGAAGGCACAAAGCUCCUACAAGGGGAGUUGUACAUACACAAGGGUCUUUAUCCUCUUGAUUAGCAUUUCAGGAUUUCUUUAAUGAAACUGAUUUCUUUUCAGCAUAUUUGAAAAUAUAUAAAUAUGAAGUAUGUGUUAAGAAAUAUAUUUCCUUAAACAUGUUUUCAGUGUAGGGUCUGUACUUCAUUUCCCCGAUCUUUUGAUGGAAGUGCACGAAAUUAACUGCUGUUUGUGUGUUACCCGUGAUGUGCAUCAAGUCUGGGUGUUCUGUUAAAUUAAAAGCUAAUGAAGUUGAAUUUGCUGAGUACUUCUGCCAAAUUGUAAUGUUUUUUCUUGAAAAUUGUUUUUCUAAAAAAAAUUAAAAUAUCCAAUCCA